AUGGUCGCCCGUACCGUCAUUCCCAUUGACAGGAACUGGCAAUUCAAACAGGCCGACAAGCCGGGCGACGAGUACCGCGCCGUGUCCCAGUUCCCGACCAACGUUCACCUGGAUCUCAUGCACCACAACCUCAUUCCUGAUCCCUUCAUCGGCAAGAAUGAAAACGACGUCCAGUGGGUCGGCGAGGCCCAAUGGACUUACAAGACGACUUUUGCCAGCCCAGAUGUCAACGCUGGUGCCAAGGCCAUACUGGCAUUUGACGGGCUCGACACGUUCGCUACUGUUGAACUGAAUGGAAAAGUCAUUCUCGAAACCGACAGCAUGUUUAUUCCUGAGCGCGUCGACGUCUCGAGCCACCUCUCGCACACUGGCGACAACGAGCUGCUCAUCACCUUUGACAGUGCCUACCUACGCGGCUGGAAGCGGGUUGAGCAGUAUCCCGAUCAUGUCUGGAGCUGCUGGAACGGAGACAACUCCCGUUUGGCAGUUAGAAAGGCCCAAUACCACUGGGGCUGGGAUUGGGGUCCUGCUCUGCUCACUUGUGGCCCCUGGAGACCCGUCAAUCUCGAGAUAUACGAGUCCAGGCUCACUGACUUGUACACGAGCGUUGACAUCGAUGAGUCUCUCAAACGCGCCAAGGUCAUUGCCCAUACAACCACAGAGGGCACCGAAGCGACACAUCUGCGGGUUGAUGUGUCGCUUGGCGGCAAAGAAGUCGCUUCUGAAACAAUCCCCGCUGACGACACGACGUCGAUUACCUUUCACAUCAGUAAUCCUGAACUGUGGUAUCCCGUCAGAUACGGCAAGCAGCCUCUCUACACUAUCAAGGCGACGCUCCUCGUCAAUGGCACUACCAUCGAUAGCCUGUCCAAAAAGAUUGGCCUCCGCCGCGCCCGUCUAGUCGAGCAUGAGCUCAAAGACCAGCCUGGUACCAGUUUCUUCUUUGAGAUUAACAACAUUCCAAUCUUCUGCGGAGGCAGCAAUUGGAUCCCGGCGGACAACUUUAUUCCUCGCAUCUCGCCCAAAAGAUACCGCGAUUGGGUCAAAUUGGUCGCCGAGGGCAACCAAUUCAUGAUUCGAGUUUGGGGCGGUGGUCUUUACGAGGAAGCAGCAUUCUAUGAAGCCUGCGACGAAAUGGGUAUUCUUGUUUGGCAUGAUUUCAUGUUUGGCUGCGGCAACUACCCUGUUUGGCCAGAGCUGCUCGAGUCCAUUGAUCGCGAAGCCAGAGUCAACGUCACUAGGCUCCGUCACCACCCUUGCAUCGUCAUAUGGGCGGGCAACAAUGAGGACUACCAGCUCGCCGAGCAGGAAAAGCUCGAUUAUGACCCCAAGGAUAUGAAUGAAGAGAGCUGGCUCAAAUCAAACUUUCCAGCCCGUUACAUCUACGAAAAGGUACUGGCAGACGUAUGCAAGGAUCUAAUUCCAGAUGUCCCAUACCACUACGGCAGUCCUUGGGGUGGCAAGGAUACCACUGAUCCCACCGUUGGUGACCUUCACCAAUGGAACGUGUGGCAUGGCUCGCAGGAAAAGUACCAGAACUUUGACAAAUUGGUCGGUCGUUUUGUUUCAGAAUUUGGCAUGGAGGCGUUUCCAUCCGUCAAGACGAUUGAUGCCUAUCUACCCCACGGGAAAAAUGAUCCAGAGCGCUACCCACAGUCAUCCACCAUUGACUUUCACAACAAGGCUGCUGGCCAUGAACGCAGACUGGCUCUCUAUUUGGUAGAGAAUAUGCGAUAUGGCCCAGAUCCCCUUGAACAAUACGUUUACUCUACUCAGCUUAUGCAGGCAGAAUGUCUCGCAUCGGCAUAUCGCCUGUGGAAGCGCGAGUGGAGAGGUCCCGGCCGAGAAUACUGCGGUGGCGCCCUGGUAUGGCAGAUCAACGACUGCUGGCCCGUCACCUCUUGGGCUAUCUGUGAUUACUAUCUCCGCCCCAAGCAUGCCUACUACACUGUCAAGAGAGAGAUGGCGCCAAUUUCCAUCGGCAUGACAAGGCGUGAGCAUCAGUAUCCCAAGGACAAAUACACACGAGUAUACAUUGACACCAAGAUCAAGGUUGAGAUUUGGGGCUCCAACCUUAUGCUGAAAGACUUGACUGUCGACUGCGUGGUCAAAGCAUGGGAUGUCGAGACCGGCGAAGAGACUUUUUCCAAGAUGGUUGCGUCGUCCAUGGUGCUCCCCUCAAAUCGCUCAACGGAAAUACAUGCCAUGGAGGUUCCUGUCAGUAUACCAAAUGCUGACCUCGAGAAUCGCACAGUUGUGGCAUCAUAUCUGUUCCAGAACGGUAAACAGAUUGCCCGGUAUGUCAACUGGCCUGAGCCACUCAAAUACAUGCAUCUGCAGAAGCCCAAGCACCUCACAGCACAGCUCUCGUCAGAUGGCAAGUCUAUCGCGGUCAAGGCCGAAGUUCCAGUCAAGGGCGUUGCAGUUGAAUGUGAAGACGACCGUGUCACGUUUGACGACAACUUGGUAGACAUUGUGCCUGGCGAGGUCGUACAUAUUGGCGUCAACGACGCUUCGCAGGACACUACCAUUACCACUCGUUACCUAAACAUGCUGAGUUAG